AGCCAGCCUGCGCACCCCGAACUGGCACUCAAUGGAUCAUUCAUCUUGAACUCGCCAAACAGCCAUUUCCUGCCGCAACAAAGUCGGAUCUUCAAUGGACGUUUGAGUAUCUGCAUUCAUCAGCCCUGCCUAAAUCUGCCUCACCCGGUUCUGAAACAUAAGCUUGAUCGUCAUCGACUCGGACACACCUUACCUCGACAACAGACUCUUGUUUCCGCCAGUGUUGUCAUUCGACCUUGUUGGCUUGUUACAUCGCUUCUCGACAACGAUGAUUUGACAAAACCGCUCUACGACGCAUUCCCACGCUACCGAGCUGUUCUCCUCUCGAUCCCCCGUGCCUAUUGUACCAGGUAUCCUUCAGUCUGCUAGCCUCAUACGGAUGAAACAGUAACAACGAGCUCCUUUCGUGUCAAAGAGGUGGCGCAACCCUUGCGACAUUUGUCUUGACGACCGUCGAGUGACUAGUGCUGGGACACUACAGGCAAGAUGAAAGGCUUCAGGCAAAGAGUGCACGAGCAGUUGUCAAGAGCAAAAGACUCGAACAAAUCCUCCAAGAAGAAGGAUUCGGCUUCAGGCACAGCCUCUCCCCUCUCAUCCUCCACGACCCUUAGCGGCGCUGACUCCCGGUCUCCUAACGCGUCCAACGCGGCUACACCCAACUCGUCCUCUACCAAUGUCAACGACAUCCGAGCUAAAGGAUCCAAUAAUGAGAGCGGUCCGACCACUCACGGCAAUGCAGUUCAUCACGGUGGGCAAACCCCAGGUUCAGGAGCUGGAGGUCAGCACUUCAUUCCACAAGGCUCAGGCCACGGACCUGGCGGUGCAGGGACGCCUGGCCGUCCAGCGGGUCACAUGGCGCCGAGUGUAAUAAUAAGCCCCAGCGCUCCUCAUAUUCCAGGACCUGGUGCUACCGAGACAAUGCCUCAUGACCUCGCGCCGCCCAAGGCAGGCCAGAAAUCAUUGCUGUUCGACCGGCUGCAAACCACUCCCAAAGAUGUUCCCGAAGGCGUGCGAACUCCGAAAAGACAGCAUUCAUCCCGCUUCGACGUGUCGGAUCAGAGAGCACGCGACCUUGAAAAACUUCCCGGCUUCCACGAGGUGCCCCCGAAUCGAAGACAAGAGCUCUUCAUGCAAAAGAUUGAUCAGUGCAAUAUUAUAUUUGAUUUCAAUGAUCAAACGGCAGACAUGAAAUCAAAGGAAAUCAAACGACUGGCCCUCCACGAGUUGCUGGAUUAUGUCGCGAACAACAGAUCGGUAAUUACAGAGCCAAUGUAUCCUAAAGUCGUCGAAAUGUUCAGUAAGAACCUUUUCCGACCGGUUCCACCACCAGUCAACCCACAAGGAGAGGCAUUCGACCCAGAAGAGGACGAGCCUGUCCUUGAGGUGGCAUGGCCGCAUAUCCAGGUCGUCUACGAGUUCUUCCUGCGCUUCAUUGAAAGCCAAGAUUUCAACACGAAUAUCGCCAAAGCGUAUAUUGACCAUCAUUUCGUCCUCCAAUUACUCGAACUUUUUGACUCAGAGGAUCCUCGGGAAAGAGAUUUCCUCAAGACCACGUUACAUCGCAUUUACGGCAAAUUUCUGAACCUCCGGUCAUACAUCAGGAGGUCCAUUAACAAUGUCUUCUUCCAGUUCACAUAUGAGACAGAGAGGUUCAAUGGCAUCGCGGAACUACUUGAGAUCCUGGGGUCCAUCAUCAACGGAUUUGCGCUACCCCUCAAAGAAGAGCACAAGCUCUUCCUGACCAGGGUGCUGAUCCCCCUGCACAAGGUGAAGAGCCUAAGCAUGUAUCAUCCGCAGUUGGCCUACUGCAUCGUCCAAUUUUUGGAAAAGGACGCAGGGUUAACUGAAGAGGUUGUUCUCGGUCUGCUUCGAUACUGGCCCAAGACCAAUAGCACCAAAGAGGUCAUGUUCUUAAACGAAGUCGAGGAUAUCUUUGAGGUCAUGGAUCCGCAGGAGUUCGCCAAAGUACAAGAGCCACUAUUCAACCAAUUAGCCAAAUCAGUGGCCAGUCCCCACUUUCAAGUGGCGGAACGUGCACUUUACUUCUGGAACAAUGAGUACUUUUGCAAUCUUGUCAGCGACAAUGUCGAGACUAUCCUGCCCAUCAUGUUCGCGCCUCUUUACGAGAAUUCCAAAGGGCACUGGAAUCGGACAAUUCACGGCAUGGUCUACAACGCCAUGAAGUUAUUCAUGGAGAUCAAUCCACAAUUGUUUGAUGAGUGCUCCCACGACUACAAUGAGAUGCAGAACACCGCAGGCGACCGCGAGAAAGCCCGUCAAGCCAAGUGGGAGAAACUCACCGAACAAGCGAACAAGAUGAAAGCUGGAUUGGGACAACCGCUUUCAGCCGCCACUAAUGUAGAAGAGGUCGAGACAGACGCGGCACAAGACAAUCAAGAGAGGCUUGAUGCUCUCAAGUUGCACGAUGAAACGUCAGCAACAAAACCAACAUCGGUACGUGGGACAUGUUUGUGACGAGUGGAAAGCAUGGCGGCCUGUUUCUUCCUAGCCUCUUCGACUAUCCUUCCAUUUGCUAAGACAUUACCAUAUUAUUAUAGUGACCUUGGAUGGCUGUUUCUGACAAGCAUUCGAAAUAACCAGAGACGCCGAGCCGACUCACAGGGACAAACAAGGUCUCGAAGGUCUAAUAGUGGUUCUGACGGCAAGUCAAAGAGGCAUCGUCCCCAUUCUGGCGGGUCAAUAGAUCUGCACUACCGGAAGGUACAUCAAGUACCGCGCCAUGGGAGCACCAUGUCACAUUGAUACCCAAACGCCUGGGCUGGUUGAGGAGGCUGUGAAGGAUCUCAUCUGGGGCUUCCAAGAUCACCAUAAGCAAGCGUUGACCUCACGAAUUUUGUGUACGCCGAGCGCAUCGACGCCUCGAGGCCUGUCACACUGUCCAAUGAUGCGGGACUUCCAUGUUGGCUUUUGAGGAUAUUGGUUGAAAAAUAAUUAGAGUACGAGGCUUGCAGAUGUCUGCCUCUGGAAUGAAGAUACGAGCAACGCAGUCAAAGGCGUUUGAGGACACUACAUCCUGGACGAUGUGAGUGGUGUUUGAGGGAAUGGAGAGUCUUCUUCAACUACCAGUCGCCAUUGUUCAUAAACUUGAAUCCCCGUGCUUCAGCAUCAUCACAACAAAGGUGCUUCGACAUUCUGUUUUCUCAGGAAGCCACCGGUCUUCCCAAGGGGAUUGCAGCUUCGAUAUCUCAUGUCUGAC